GAUAACCGCAAUCACAGUCGAGAGCCGACGACCCGCCCGCACGGAAGCAGCGACAACCACGAGCACCUCCGAGCCAUCGCUACACCUCCGAGCCAACUUACAUCGAUCCACACUUCGAUCCUCACUUGCUAUCCAGCUUUAGUAACGUACGUACGUGGUUAAAAUGUUACAAUUAUGUGUUUUGUUGGUGUGUGUCGUGGCGGCGCGCGGCGCGGCCUUGGGGGACGCUCACUGCAGCAUGUCCUCAGUGGACUACGCGAGCGUGCCCAUCGUAGAGAAGGAGCUGUACCAACCGCCGCUGGACGAGGUCGUCCAAGUGUUGUCGAACGCCCUGCGCCAGAAUUUCGAACAUGUGGAGGUGUCCGUGGUGGAGUGCCCGGACCUCACGAAACCCCCUUACUACCUCACAGCAUCGGGUCUAAGUGGCAACCCUAAACUAGUGGAGGUGGGCGGGGUGCCGUACCUGUUGCCGCUCGUGAACCGUGACAAGGUGUACGACCUGAAGGGCUUGGUCGAGCACCUCCGCCGCGGCGACAGCGCGUACGUGGCCGGCGCAGGCGCAGGGCCCUGGCCUUACGCCGGCGUCAACUGCGAGGGUAUAGUGAACCUGAUGGUGAAGAACGGCACGGUGAGUCAGGGUUCGCGCAUCGUCACGGUGGAGCCGAGGGGCGCGGCGAAGGGCAGCAGCGGCUACCUGCAGCGACAGCUCCCCGACACAGAGACGCGCUCCGCACUGCUCGGGAACUACCUCGUCACAGACGGGAACCCUGGCAAGGUGAUCAAGGUCGAAGUAAAGGGCCGCACGGGAGCCGACAACUACAUCACCGCUAUAAGGGAAGGCCUCAAGAAAUACUAUAAAGAUAAAGUAGUCGGUCUGGGCGGCAUGUUCCUUUUGAAGAAUGGUUCGGUGAAGUUCCACGUGAUGCCGGAGUUCUCCACGAAGCCUCUGUGCUCCGACUCCGACGUGGACGAGUGGCUGCACUACUUCGAGAUGUCCGCGCCCAUCACCGUACUGGGCACGCUUGUCACCGGCGACAUGGGCCUGGACCUGCGCGUGCAGCACUUCCACGGGUUCAGCGCGCACGGCGACGGCGGCCACUACCACUACGACACCUCGCCUGCGCGGGCGCACUACGAGGGGUACUUCGUGCUCGGCGCGGCGCUCGUGCGCGUCGACGCGCCCACCGACACGCACGACUUCGGCAGAGAUUAAAUGCGGGCUCAAUACUAAAUGGUAAUAUUAAAAUCAUUUAACCUCGCUUCUCGGAAUUUGUACACGUUUAAAUAACUCUUUGUUACAAAUUAUUGCUUGUUGUAUAAGUGAGCGUAUGUGAAGUUGCUGUGUAAAUAAAGUUUUUACCUUAUAUUAA